AUGUCAGUCAACAAAAUGCCGAGUGGGACGCCAGCCCAUCAUCGCCACGCGACUCCGAAGCCCACCGUGGCAGAGCGGCCGCAUGGGCAUAAGGAGGCGCCCCCACAGGUGAUACCUAUGACCAAUGUUUUGCCAGGGGACAGUCCCUUCGCCACGUGGGACCAAUUCGAGUCCACUAUGAGUGUGAUAAGAACUGUUAAGCGGGGGACCGUGGAAUCCGGCGCAACGACUCCCAUACUACCAGAAGACGGCAGCAUUAUGCAGGCCUUUCUGCUGCGCAUCGAGCGCCGGUACACCCAGAUGGGAGUGGAACCGCGCGAGUGGGGAAAUGCACUUAUAGAAAACCUUGUGGGCCCGGCUCUAACGUAUUGGAUGUAUCUACGGAGAACUAUCGACCUAAGUGACUGGGCGACAGCACAGCGCAGGCUUUUGGAGCGGUUUGACAGAACAAUGUCGCAGAGUCAAUUGUUAACGGAGUUGGCUAAAGUACGGUGGAAUG